CGCCCUAACAAGGACGCCGGAGAGCGUAUUCGUCACUUUGUAUUGCUUUCUUCUGUAAACAAAACCACACAAAAUUUCCUGAGAAAUCCCAUUUUUUUUGCUACUCUCUCUCAGUUUCUCCGUUUGCGCUUUCUCUUCUCCGGUUUACGAAUAAUCAAAUCGGAACUCUCGAUUCGCUUUCUUCUCCGUUCUUUGGCCGACCGGUUUGUGGUUUAUUUGAACAUUCCGAUCUUUCCCUGAGUUCCACGAUCAGUUUCUUAAAACCCUAGUUUUUGAACGAACAUUCUCUCUCUCUCUCUCUCUCUCUCUCUCUCUCUCUCUUUUACUUCGGAUAAUCGCAGACUCUUCGCUCCUAGGUUUCUAGAUUACGGCGGUUUUCUUUUUCAUUCUAGUGGUUUUGAGUUUUGUAAAAGGUAUUCGGUAGAUUUAGGUUUUGUAGAGAUCGAGAGAGAUGAACAACAGAGGAAGAUAUCCACCUGGACUUGGAACGGGUCGUGGAGCGGCGCCGAAUCCCGAUUAUCAGUCGUAUCGGCAGCAACCUCAAGCUCAGCAUCACGUUCAACGCGGUCAACCGCAGAACCCUCAGCAGUUUCAGCUGCAGCAACAGCAGCAACAACAAUGGUCAAGACGCGCUCAGCUUCCUGGAAACGCCAAUGAGGUCCAGAAGACGUCUCAGCCCGUAGCUACCAGCGAUCCUAAUGGCCAGGAUUGGAAGGCAACGUUAAGGCUCCCACCUCCCGAUACUCGUUAUCAGACAGCGGAUGUGACAGCUACAAAAGGAAAUGAAUUCGAAGAUUACUUUCUGAAAAGAGAUCUGCUCAAGGGAAUUUAUGAAAAGGGUUUUGAAAAGCCAUCUCCUAUUCAAGAAGAGAGCAUUCCAAUUGCUUUAACUGGUAGUGAUAUUCUUGCUAGAGCCAAAAACGGCACUGGAAAGACUGGAGCCUUCUGCAUUCCCGUCCUCGAGAAAAUCGAUCCAAAGAACAAUGUUAUUCAAGCCAUGAUUCUAGUCCCAACACGAGAGCUGGCCCUACAGACAUCACAGGUUUGCAAGGAGCUUUCUAAAUAUCUGAAUAUCCAAGUUAUGGUCACCACUGGCGGUACCAGUCUGAGAGAUGAUAUCAUGCGAUUACACCAACCUGUACAUCUGCUGGUUGGAACUCCUGGAAGAAUAUUGGAUCUUACAAAAAAGGGAGUGUGUGUUUUGAAAGACUGUACAAUGCUUGUAAUGGAUGAGGCCGACAAGCUUUUGUCUGCAGAAUUCCAACCUUCUCUAGAGGAAUUGAUACAGUUUCUGCCACAAAAUCGUCAAUUUUUGAUGUUUUCCGCUACAUUUCCUGUAACUGUGAAGGCUUUUAAGGAUCGACAUCUCCGGAAGCCCUACGUUAUCAAUCUCAUGGAUCAACUCACGCUUAUGGGUAUCACGCAGUUUUACGCUUUUGUCGAAGAGAGACAGAAGGUUCACUGCCUCAACACACUUUUCUCUAAGCUGCAAAUCAACCAAUCGAUAAUCUUUUGCAACUCUGUCAAUCGCGUGGAACUGUUGGCUAAGAAAAUUACAGAACUUGGUUAUUCAUGCUUCUACAUUCAUGCGAAGAUGGUUCAAGAUCAUAGGAACAGAGUGUUCCAUGAGUUCCGCAAUGGUGCUUGCAGAAAUCUCGUUUGCACUGAUCUGUUCACUCGUGGAAUUGACAUUCAAGCUGUGAAUGUAGUGAUUAACUUUGAUUUUCCUAGGACUUCCGAAUCAUACCUACACAGGGUGGGUCGAUCAGGACGGUUUGGACACCUUGGGUUGGCUGUGAAUUUGGUAACAUAUGAGGACCGUUUCAAAAUGUAUCAGACUGAGCAAGAACUUGGCACUGAAAUCAAACCAAUUCCUUCUCUUAUCGAUCAAGCAAUCUACUGCCAGUAAACUUGUAACCGCACAAGAAAUGUUUCCACCCGACGAGACACAGUGUCGAUGAAAAUGGUGUUUCUCAAGCUAGGAGGAGAUGAGGGAACUGAUAUUUGGCGGUUCAUGUAUAGACUCGUUGCAGAGACGAACCAGAGUGGUUUGGUUCGGUUUCGUUUCUAAUCUCUCUCUAGACUUUAUUUCGUGGUUCCAUGAAACCUUUUACGUUGCACUUAUCUUUGACCGGUACUUCGUAAUAAACCGACUAAUAAUGAAGAUACAACAGAUGACUCUCCUCCUUUUAUUUUUUCGUUGGGUUUUAUUUCAAUGACUAUGGGUUUUUAGCCCAUUUAGGGAUCUCCGUAUCA